GAAACACACUUUGGUACUAUAAACCGUAUACUUUCAUAGCCCUCCUUUAUAAGAUAUCUAGGUUACCUUACCCCCUGCUCCCUAUGAAUAACCUGUUUACUAAAUCUUCUUAGUUACCCCACAUAUGUAAUUCAGCGAAUGUGAGUCGUGACUAAAUGAACUACGUCGACCGAGUUUAUUGCUAUGACUUACAAAGAAGCUUCAACUAUGAUAAGGGGCGUUCGUGCGAGGAGUUUCUUGUUGAGCUUUAAACGCCUGGCAAUCUUAUUUCGCUCAGCGGCCAUGGCGUUACGCGUUGUGGCAAAUAUUUUGCAUAGGGAAAAAAUAUUUAAAGACGGUAGGAUGCCCACCGAGAGAGCAACUGGUCAUCGAUUCAGAGGCUAGGCUUAUAUUAUAAAACCCCUACUUGGUAUUCUCGGUCGACCUUCUGGGAGUACGAACAUCUAAUUACUGGGAUGGCGCCUACUAUCGACAUUAUCCGCCAUGCAGAGGCCACCCACAAUAUCGCAGGCAGCCGCAAGAGGGACGCAAAACUAACCAACUACGGCGCCGGGCAAUGCAUUCUGUUAAGAGACGCGUAUCCGUUCGGACCCAAGGUCACCCAUAUCGUGUCGUCCCCCUUACGACGCGCCAUCGACACCGGGGUAAUUGGAAUUACCCCAAUAGUAGAUGAAAUCAUUAAGAUCAAACUGCUUGCUGAUCUGCAGGAGAUCAGCCCCUCACCAAGCAGCACGGGACUCCCAAAGAGUUCUCUCUCCCGGCGAUACGAUGAGAAGGGUCUCGUAGAAGUGGACGAGCUCGACGAGAAGUGGCACCUCAAAAGUCACAAUAGUCCUUACGCGCCGCAGGUGCCCAAAGUCGAGGCACGGGCGCGAUCCGCACGUCAACACCUACGAACGCUAGCAAGACAGGCUAUCGAGGCUGGGAAAGACGAUGCGCACAUCGUGGUUAUAACCCACGGCGAGUUCGCGCAUUGGCUCACGGACGAUUUCCAAGGCGUAACCGAAGCUAGCAACUCAGGCUGGCGCAGCACGGAGUUCCGGUCGUACCAGAUCCAGAACAUCCUUGCGCCUGACCAUGUCGACCCAGUGCUGAUCGAGACGACCGAGAGCAUUGUGCGGCGACAAGCGUUUAUUUCAAACCAGCAGACAGAUGGUGCCCCCGUGCGCGAUCCUAAGGAAAUUGCCAUCAAGCGAGUGGAUGCGUACACCGAGCUGUAUGAAAACCAAGGGAGAAUAUCGCCUUAUUCGAGUUCUGAAGACGAAGAUUCUGAUGGGUGGGUUGAUGUAGGGGAUGAGCUGGAGUGAACUUCACAUCGUAAAAUGUAUCAACGGCGAGGGGGGUAGUCGAGCGUGGCAUCGUGUAUUUCUUCUAACAGCGUCGAGGCUUAACACAGGGAGAAUAUUUGACGAGCUAUUCUUAGGAGGCUUUCUGAUCUUGUCAUUCUCUUCUGUAUGCAGUAAUAGAGGAGUACUCUAGACGUCUAAAGCGCCAAAGAUGCGCCGCUGUAACUACUUAGGUAGCAUAGAGCAGACCAAUAGACGUCAACGUUAUCAUCGUCAUCAUCCG